UUUGGUAUGGGCUGCGGAUGUGCCCCUCCACCAUUACCACCGCCACCACCUAUCUGCUUACCUUCCAUUCAGCUACCUCCCAUGUGUCCUCCUCCACCUCCACCAUGCCCAUGUCCACCUCCUGUGGGCAUUGAAAGCAACCAUACUGAAGUGAAACUCCAUGCUGAGGUUAGAAAUAAACUAGGAGGAGAGUGGGUAGUUGCAUGCUCUUCCAAGCCAGUCACAUUUGUCAGUCAAAGCCGACAAUACUGUAUGGACGGACAAGAGAAGACGUGGUGCUAUGCAUUCCAACUUAACUAG